AUGGAUCCCCCAGGAGAUGAUAUCCCGCCGGCCACCAACAGAGGAGACAGGGAAACAGAACCGCCGGCCCUGAAUCUGUUUCCCCCAGGCAGUGAAGAAGGAGAAACUAGUGACCCUCAGGCGAUAAGACAGACGGCACCUCCAAUCAAUGGAGCGUCGAAUGAGGAGCCCAUUAGCAGUCAGGCGAUGUUCAAAGCUUUCUUGGAGAUCACCAGUUUACUCAAAGACAUCAAACAGACAGUAUCGCUACAAUCGCAAGAGCCCAAAUCAACAAAAUCAUCUGCAGAGAAGUCGACCUCAUCCUUAGAUAAGGGAAAGGAACCGCUCGGACUAGAAAAGACGCCGGACAACUCUACCCAGAGACAAAACGCCCCCAUAACAAUCCCGGACGAGGAAAGGUGGAUGGAAGAACAACAUGCUCCCAAGGAAGGAGAAGAACAUCUGGAGGAAAAAGUACGUCAGGUCAUGAGCAGGCUCGGGAUAAGAUGUGAAGACAUAGAUACAUCCCUUCGGAGUGAUUCACCUCUUGCAGACCUCAUCAUCUCUCACGAGUUCCCUGCUAAAUUCAAGUAUCCUCCAAAUUUGGAAUCUUAUGAUGGGACCGGUUGCCCCAAGAGCCAUGUGCAUAAAUUCCAAGCAGUAAUCAAUGUUCAGACAAACCUGGAUCAUGUAUUGUGCAAACUGUUUCCCACUACCCUGAAAGGUCUGGCACAGGAAUGGUACCAAAGCUUGAAGCCGGGCUCGAUACAAACAUUCAAGCAAUUCUCAGGAUUAUUUCAGGCCAGGUUCGUAGCAUGCAUCCCUCAAAAGAAGCUGUCCACAGAUCUGCUAGCCAUCAUGCAAAGAGACGGGGAAACACUCAGGAAAUAUAUAGAAAGGUUCAACAAGGAGGCGAUGCAGAUAGAAGAACUGAGUCAGGAGAUCGCCUAUACAGCACUGCUCAACGGGACCACUAAUUCAGACCUGAGAAAAGAAUUGCUGGCUAAAUCACCAAAAUCGUUCGCUACGUUGAUGACCAUCGCACAUACACAAAUCCGGGUGGAUGACGGACAGAGAGAGAUAGAAAACCGGCAUGGACGGACGGAAGAAAGAACAUUCUCAGAGAGAAGGAAUGGGGAUAGAUCGCCCAUAGGAAAAAGGUUCGGGGAAAAAGGCAACGACCGUUUCAGAAAUAAGAGAAAAACGGAUGAGGACAGGCGAUACACCCCCCUAAACACUACCAGAACCAAUGUAUUAUUCUGGGUGAAAGACAACCGGGAGAAGGUCAGGUGGCCAAGAAAAAUGAAUGCCUCAUCAGCCAGCAAGAGGGACAACAGCAAAUACUGUGAGUUCCACAGAGAUAACGGCCACACCACAGAUGAAUGCUGGCACCUGGAGGAAGAAAUAGAGAAAUUAAUAGGGAGAGGCUCCCUUUCCCAGUUCGUGAAAAGGGACGCCGAAACCAGGGAAAUGGAAGCAGAAAGAAAGAAAGAAAGAAAAGAAGAGACCACCAGAAGACCUAGGCCGGACCCCGCAGGCGUGGUCAACGUGAUAAUGGGCGGAUCAACUGGAGGAGACAGCAACACCACAAGAAAGAAAGCGGCUAGGACGGUCUAUUCUGUCAGCCCAAGUGCACCAGAAGCAAAGAAAUUUGGAAGCAUAUCUUUUUCAGAAGGAGAUAGCCAUGGCUUAUCACUCCCCCACGAAGACGCCCUGGUUGUCAAGGGGCGACUAAACAAUUUCGAAGUAUCCCGGAUGCUUGUAGACACGGGAAGUUCGGUCAACAUGAUCACGAUGGAGGUGUUUGGAAGGAUCGGACUAAAAAAGGAAAGUUUGACACGAGUAUCCACUCCAUUGGUAGGACUGGGAGGCAAAUCAGUACAGGUGGAAGGAUCAUUAGAGAUAAGCAUCCAACUAGGGGAUGGAGAAAUCUAUAAAGAAGUCCGAGCGGAAUUCAUGGUAGUCAAUAUGGACUUCGCCUACAACGCAAUCCUGGGAAGGCCACUACUACACGACACGUGCGCAUCCAUUUGCGUAAGGUACUUACUGAUGAAAAUCCCGACCAGGGAAGGCGAUGCAGAAGUCAGAGGAUGUCAGAAAUCAGCAAGAGAGGCAUACUUCACGGCCCUCAAAAAAGUUCAUGUAACUUUGCCAGUGUUAACAAUGGAACCUCCAGAAAGGCCAGAGAAAGUAGAACAUUAUGGGCGAACCACGAAGAUAGAGCUAUCCCCAGGAAAAGAGAUAGUGGUCGGAGACGAGCUGGAGGAAGGGAUCAAGCGGUCUCUGACAGAGAAUCUCAGAACACUGGGAGACUCCUUUGCCUGGACAACAGAAGAACUGAUCGGAGUAAACCCGGAUGUCAUAUGCCAUCGGUUAAACAUAGCGGCCGACUCAAAACCCGUGGUACAAAAGAAAAGAAGACACUCGCCCGAAAAACAGCUAGCCAUUGCAGAAGAAAUCGCCAAGCUGAAGGAAGCAAACGUGAUCAAAGAUGCUUAUUACCCAAAGUGGGUGGCCAACGUAGUAAUGGUGAAAAAGUCCAACGGCACUUAUCGAAUGUGUGUUGACUUCACAGAUCUAAACAAGGCAUGUCCUAAAGAUAGUUUCCCAUUACCAAGCAUCGAUCAAUUAGUAGACUCCACGGCAGGCCACGCCCUAUACGCGUUCCUGGACGCCAAAGCAGGAUACCAUCAAAUACCCAUGGCAUCAGAAGACCAGGAAAAAACGGCUUUCGUAACAGACCAGGGGUUAUUUUGUUAUAAGAUGAUGCCGUUCGGCCUAAAAAACGCGGGUGCCACAUAUCAACGAUUGGUGAACUUCAUAUUCAGAGAUCAGAUUGGAAAACACAUGGAAGUUUAUGUGGAUGACAUGAUUAUUAAGAGUGUCAGGACUGAAGACCACCCAGAGGAUGUGAAGGUAGUCUUAGAAACACUGAAAAGAUACCAAUUAAAGCUAAAUCCGGAGAAGUGUGUAUUUGGAGUACCGGCAGGAAAGUUCUUCGGAUACAUGGUCUCCCAGCGUGGGAUUGAAGCCAACCCAGACAAAAUUGAAGCAGUCCUGAAAAUGGCACCACCCCGGACCAUUCACGAAGUCCAGAAACUCAACGGCCGGAUCACAGCCCUAGGUCGAUUCAUGUCUUGCUCGGCCAAACGAUGUUUACCUUUCUUCAAAACCCUGAAACAAAUCAAGAACUUCACAUGGACAGCAGAAUGCCAGCAGGCGUUCGAGGAAUUGAAAAGCUUCCUAUCCUCACCCCCACUUUUGGCGAGACCAAAUCCGGGCGACGUGUUAUAUUUAUACAUCUCUUGCUCUGACGAAACAAUAGCAGGAGUAUUGGUAUCGGAAAAAGGAGGAGAACAAUACCCGAUUUACUACAUUAGCAAAGUACUCAGAGAUGCGGAGCUAAGAUACCUAAAGCUGGAAAAGCUGGCGCUAUGUGUAUACACCGCCACCAUCAAGCUCCGACAUUACUUCGAAGGACACCAAGUCAUUGUGAGGACCGACCAACCAUUACGAAAAAUCCUCCAGAAGGCGGAGACAAGUGGACGCAUAGCAGAAUGGGCUGUCAAAAUAGGAAGCUUGGGCGUUAUCUAUGAAGCUAGAAAAGCACUGAAAGCUCAGGCACUAGCCGACUUCUUCGCAGAAUUAACGUUCAAGGAACCCAUGGAGGACAAAACGAUCCCCUGGGAGAUACACGUCGAUGGAGCAGUUUGCGGAGAAGGAGCGGGUAUCGGAGUCGUGCUCAAAGGACCAGGGAGAGUCCAAAUGGAAUACUCGGCAAGACUUGAAUUUCCAGCUUCCAACAAUGUUGCGGAAUAUGAGGCGCUGAUAACAGGGUUGCAAUUGUGCGAAGAACUCAAUAUCUCCGAAGUCCAGAUCUAUAGUGAUUCACAACUGGUCGUGAACCAAGUCUCAGGGAACUUCGAAGUAAAAGAAGCUACACUGAAGAAAUACGCCAAGCAAGCCAAAACCUUCUUUGCCAAUAAUGGGCGAUCCUGGUCGUUACAGCAAAUACCGAGAGCAAUGAAUGGAAGAUCAGACGAAUUGGCAAAGUGGGCAGCAACAAAGAAUUACGAUUCAAUGAGAAACAUUCCUCAUGAAAUCAAACGACGGCCUAGCUUCCAAGAAGAAAUUGAAGAAGGCGAAGUACUGAUGGUAGAAGGAGAAGAAACCUGGAUGACCCCCCUCACAGCAUACUUGGCUAAUGGAAUACUCCCUGAGGUUAGAAAGGAAGCCAAAAGAAUAGUAAUACUAUCAUCAAAGUUCGGAAUAUACAAUGGCCAGCUGUACAAACGGUCGUUCACCCAUCCCUGGCUAAGAUGUGUGGACAAAGAAGAAGGAGAGUACAUCAUGAAAGAAUUACAUGAGGGGACCUGCGGAGCACAUGACGGAGCAUCAACACUGGUCAGGAAAGCCCUGUUACAAGGCUAUUAUUGGCCCACGAUGAAAGAACAAGCUACAACGCUAGUAAGAGGAUGCUGGCCUUGCCAGCAACAUGCUUUGGUACCAAGAAAGCAAGCUUCAGAAAUGAAACCGAUCGGCAGUGCAUGGCCCUUCGCCCAGUGGGGUAUGGAUAUCCUAGGACCUCUCCCUUUGGCUACAGGACAACGGAAGUUCUUGGUAGUGGCAAUCGACCACUUCACUAAGUGGAUAGAAGCAGAACCACUGGCGAAGAUCACCCAGCAACGCAUAACUAACUUUUUCUUUAGAUCUAUCUUGUGCAGGUUUGGAAUACCGAAGGUGCUAAUCACAGACAAUGGAAAGCAGUUCGACUCAGCGAAAUUCAGAAAGUUCUGUGCCGAAUAUCAAAUCAAUUUGAGGUUCACCUCGGUUUAUCAUCCACAAUCAAAUGGGCAAACCGAAGUGGCCAACAGGAUUCUACUGGCCGGACUAAAAAGAAGAUUAGACGAAUACAAAGGAAGAUGGGUAGAAGAACUCUACAACGUCCUAUGGAACUACCGUACCACCCCUAGAGAAUCAACGGGCGAAACUCCAUUCGCCCUAGCUUAUGGAACGGAGGCUGUAAUUCCUGUAGAGAUCGGCGCACCCACGCCAAGGACAGAGGACAACCAGCUAAACCUAGAAGAAAACGAAGAAGAGCUCAGGAACAAUCUGGAUCUCCUGGUUGAAAAAAUCAACAGAUCAGAUAUCAGGAUGGAAGCUUACAGACAAAAGAUGGCCAAACAUUUCAACAGCCAUGUAAAGAAAAGAAAAUUCAAACUAGGCGACCUCGUCAUGCGGAAGACCGAAGUCAAAAAAGGAGAAACAGGAAGCGGAAAACUGCAGCCAAACUGGGAAGGACCUUACACCAUCAGUGAGAUCAUUAAGGAAGGAACAUUUAAGCUCACCAACUCCAUGGGAAGAAUCAUACCAAGAACAUGGAACGCCAACAACUUGAGGAAGAUCUAG